CCACCCAUCUCAAACAAGCUUAAACGCACUACUACUUCUUGAGCCUUUUCCACUUUACAAAACGAAAUGGCUCCAAGAACCUCCCUUGCUCUUUUCCUUUCUCUCAACCUCCUCUUCUUCACUUACACCUCUGCGACAUGUUACAAGUGCCUCCCCACCCCAACUACCCCGACCAUCCCGACCAUCCCGACAACCCCGACCACCCCGACUACCCCGACCACCCCAAGCACAGGUACUUGUCCUAGAGAUGCCCUACAGCUCGGUGUUUGCGCCAAUGUGCUCAAGCUAGUGGACCUAAAAUUGGGAAACCCACCUGUUAAGCCAUGCUGCUCUCUUAUCCAAGGCUUGGCUGACCUUGAGGCUGCGGUCUGCCUUUGCACUGCUCUCAAGGUUAACAUUCUUGGAAUCAACCUUAACCUUCCCAUCGAUCUCAGCGUUCUCCUCAAUGUUUGCAGUAGAAAAGCUCCAAAGAACUUCCAGUGCGCUUAAGUUCAAAAAGAACUUAUAGCAUACCUACAAAACAAAUGAACCAAUAAUCAUACAUUGUAUGAAUACUCGAAACGUUAUCUUUAUCUUAUUGUCUUUCUUUUAAAAGUGAUUUUUGUUUUUUUCUUUCUGUAUUUGUCUUGGAUUGUUUAAAAUGAAAGUACGUUCUCAUGCAGUAAUGGGUAAUAGGUUUGCAUGUGUAAUCAGCAAGUUUUUACUCCUUUGCUUCAUUGUACGUUCCUCCAUAUCUCUUCUUUGUAAUUGUGUCCUUCAGAUUUGAUUAAUAAAAGUAUCGAUCGAUAUGUUUUGUUGUCUA